CCUUGCUUGCACGCUUAGUGUCGCGCGGUCCCUGGCCUCACCACGGAGCAGCGCUGUCGACCUGCAGGACCUGGGUCCUGCUGCUUUCUUCCCAGGAGGCGGAACAGGACUGUGAGCAAACCAACAUGUCAGAGUGGGAGUCCUACUACAAAACUGAGGGCGAGGAAGAGGAAGAGGAGGAGGAGAGCCCCGACACAGGUGGAGAAUAUAAAUAUUCAGGAAGAGAUAGCUUGAUUUUUCUGGUUGAUGCCUCCAGGGCUAUGUUCGAAUCUCAGGGUGAAGAUGAACUGACACCUUUUGAUAUGAGCAUCCAGUGUAUCCAGAGUGUAUACACCAGUAAGAUCAUAAGCAGCGAUCGGGAUCUCCUGGCAGUGGUGUUCUAUGGAACCGAGAAAGACAAAAAUUCAGUGAAUUUCAAAAAUAUUUAUGUCUUACAAGAUUUGGAUAACCCAGGUGCUAAACGAGUGCUAGAGCUUGACCAGUUUAAGGGACAGCAGGGGAAGAAGCACUUCCGAGACACGGUCGGCCAUGGGUCUGACUACUCUUUGAGUGAAGCGCUCUGGGUCUGUGCCAACCUCUUCAGCGACGUCCAGCUCAAGAUGAGUCACAAGAGGAUCAUGCUGUUCACCAAUGAAGACGACCCCCAUGCCAGGGACAGUGCUAAAGCCAGCCGGGCCAGGACCAAAGCCAGCGACCUCCGGGACACUGGGAUCUUCCUUGACUUGAUGCAUCUGAAGAAGCCAGAAGGCUUUAAUGUAUCCAAGUUCUACAGGGACAUCAUCACCACCGCUGAGGACGAGGACCUUGGGGUUCACUUUGAGGAGUCAAGCAAGCUGGAAGACCUGCUAAGGAAGGUUCGAGCCAAGGAGACCAAAAAGCGAGUUCUGUCCAGGUUAAAGUUUAAGCUCGGUGAAGACGUAGUACUCAUGGUGGGUAUUUAUAACUUGGUCCAGAAAGCUAACAAGCCUUUUCCCGUGAGACUCUAUCGGGAAACGAAUGAACCAGUGAAAACCAAGACAAGGACUUUUAAUGUAAACACCGGCAGUCUGCUCCUGCCUAGUGACACCAAGCGGUCUCUGACUUAUGGGACGCGUCAGAUUGUGCUGGAGAAAGAGGAGACAGAGGAGCUGAAGCGGUUUGAUGAGCCAGGUUUGAUCCUCAUGGGCUUUAAGCCCACGGUGAUGCUGAAGAAGCAGCACUACCUGAGGCCCUCUCUGUUCGUGUACCCGGAGGAGUCCCUGGUCAGUGGGAGCUCAACCUUGUUCAGCGCUCUGCUCACCAAGUGUGUGGAGAAGAAGGUCAUAGCAGUGUGUAGAUACACACCCCGCAAGAAUGUCUCCCCGUAUUUUGUGGCUUUGGUGCCACAGGAAGAGGAGCUAGAUGAUCAGAACAUUCAGGUGACCCCAGGAGGCUUCCAGCUUGUCUUCCUCCCGUAUGCCGAUGACAAGCGGAAGGUGCCCUUUACUGAGAAGGUGACGGCCAACCAGGAGCAGAUAGACAAGAUGAAGGCCAUUGUUCAAAAGCUCCGCUUCACAUACAGAGACAAUAUUUAUUACUCAUGGUGGUGGGCCAUGCCUGUAGCUCCCCGCUCAGAAGUACCCAAGGUUGAAGCCAUAAAGAAAAGACUGGGCUCCCUGGCAGAUGAGUUUAAAGAACUCGUCUACCCUCCAGGUUAUAACCCUGAGGGAAAAGCUGCCAAGAGAAAACAAGAUGAUGAAGGUUCUACGAGUAAAAAGCCCAAGGUAGAGUUAUCAGAAGAAGAGCUGAAGACCCAUUUUCGUAAGGGCACAUUGGGCAAGCUCACUGUACCUACACUGAAGGACAUAUGCAAGGCCCACGGGCUUAAGAGUGGGCCGAAGAAGCAGGAACUGCUAGAUGCUCUUAUCAGACACUUGGAGAAGAACUGACCAAAGCUCAGAAGCCCAGCCACUUUCUACACUGCAGCCAGGCCACCUGCUUGUGUUCUCACCAAGCUAGGUGGUAGCUACAAAGAGCUACCUGACCAAGUGCAAGGUCUUCAUCAUGGAGAUUGCAGCCUCCCACCUCACUGUGCCUUACUCUGCGAAUAAAGAGCUCUAACUUUA